GACGCUAAAUAGCAUGAUAGCUCAGGGCAUCUCGGGGCUCAUGCGACCCUUGCUAAGCGGACUGAAUGUGAGCAAAAUUCGCUUUAUUUAUCUCUGUGGAGUGCCUGAGCAGCACCACACUCCAGCUAAGCAGGGGUCAGAAAGAGCCUUCAGCUCCACGCACAAGCUCCAGGAUGCCCCUGGGGAAUCGAGCUCUGCGGACCAGGUGACGGUGCAUUUUAUAAAUCGGGAUGGAGAGCGACUUACGGCCACAGCCAAAGAAGGGGAGAGUUUGCUGGAAGUGGUGGUCAAUCAAAACUUGGCCAUUGAUGGAUUUGGUGCAUGUGAAGGGACAUUAGCCUGCUCCACUUGUCACCUCAUCUUUGAGAAGGAGACCUUCCAAAAGCUGGAUGCCAUCUCAGAUGAAGAGCUGGACAUGCUGGACUUGGCCUAUGGACUCACUGAGACAUCUCGCCUUGGCUGCCAGGUGUGCAUUAAGAAGUCGAUGGAUGGUCUGACGGUGCGGGUCCCCAUGGAUGUAUCAGACAUCAGGAGACAGCUGGAGGUUGGAAAGCAAAGCAAACAGUAGCUGGAAAUGACUCCUGCACAACUCACGUCCUCAUUUUAGGUGUGGCAGGGUACUUCGCUUUUGGUUAACACUAUUGCUUUUCGUGGCUGGCUUGCAGUAGACCAUAGAGGUCUGAUUCAGUAUAAAUGCCUGUUGGGCAAAUCUCCUAUUUAAACAAAGCUUAAUGCUAGGGUCUUUGGUACAUGUUUUAAGUUAAGUGCUUAAGUGCUCUGCUGAACACAACUGGACUAAGCGUAUGGCUUUACAUUUCCCUGGGCGGUGACAGUAAACAUCUGUGCUGUAUGUGACUCACCCUCUCCUUUGAAAUUUAAGGAAUUCUGCUAUUCUAAGUAACUGCUGGGAAUUUUGCAAGGCUUGGCUCUUUAACUGUAGAGCAGAUUUUUCCCUAUUUGGGAAGCUGAAGAAGAGAUAGCUGUUCCAAAUAGAACACGGUGUGCUGAUUGGCUUGAUGAUAUAGGCUAACUGAGUGUGGUUAGUAAGAACAUGCUGAUAACCAUUUGAAUGCUGACAUUUCCUAUAAGAGGGAACCACUUUCUAUGAAUUGAGGUGUUACAUGUCACUGAAUUGUUAUGUGCCAUGAUCUUCUGCUUUCUCCAAAUAUUAAAUUUUCCCAUUGCUGUACUACCACAUACGUCAAAUAAAAUUCUAAUAAUCAGG